AAGUUUUUUGUUUGCAUCAGCAAUAAUUGAAGCUAGGAAUCAAAUAUGGCUACCUAUUUGCUGUGUGUUAGGAGCGAAAGCGAAAGUUCAGACAACAGCCUUGACAGCUUUUUGGAUAUGGAAAAUCUGGUCAAAAGAAUCGUGAGGGACGAAAUGCAGAAUAAAGAUGACCCUCCAAAUAAAAUAAAAAACAAACAAACAGAGACUCGACUUGGCAGCCUGUUGAAACGUAUUCGUGCCUCAAACUCUGCUGAUGAUGUUAAAAAGGAAGGUAAGGAGAAGCAUGUUAAUGUCAAGUGGAAACGUGCAGAUUUGUUAAAAGGUACACACACAACUGUAACGCAAAAACACGGUGGUGGCCACCGCUUUGUUGUUGUUAAUGAUUUCGAUACUGUUGAAUCAAUCAAGGAAAAAGCCAUCAACCAUUAUUUUUCUGAAGGAACAAACUUCUUUGGUGAAAGUCGAAAUGAUUGUGAAAUUACCAUUAGAGAUGCAUCUGGUGUUGCGAUUGACGAAUCACUAACCCUCAAGGACUGCUUGAAAAAUCGAGGUGUCUAUAAAAGUAAAUUUUACUUUGUUUUACACACAAAAUAUGGUUAUUUUGAUUCAACCGUAUUCGAAACAGAUGUGUGUUCUGUAAGUUUUUGUCAAAUGGUUGGUGGGAUAUGUAGAAUCUGUUAUCCUUCUGUAUAUCAGACAAUAAGAAACAUUGAUCCAUUAGCAGCAUCAACCUCAAUUCCCUCAUCCAAUGACAUAGUAUUUUCAUCGUCUGUAGAACAAAGUUCAAUAAUUGAAGCUGAUCAUGAACCUUCAUCUGACCACCAAGGUUAUUUUGGUAGUUCAAAUGAUCUCUUUCAAAAUUCUGAUCACCAACAAGAUGAUCUUUUGAAUACAGAUUCUGGCACUUCGCAGCAUGAACCAACCGCACCUACACCAACUAACGAAGCACCAGUUACAGAAGUGCCAGCCGUACAUGCAUCAACAUCAACCACAGAAGCACCAGCCGCACAUGCAUCAACCACAGAAACACCAGUUGUACAUGCAUCGACUACAGAAGCACCAGUUGUACAUGCAUCAACCACAGAAACACCAGUCGUAUACAUGCAUCGACUACAGAAGCACCAGUUGUACAUGCAUCAACCACAGAAGCACCAGUCGUACAUGCAUCAACCACAGAAACACAAGCCGUACAUGCACCAACCAUUGACCUCACAGAGAGUGACAUAG